AACGAAGCAAUAGGAAAGUCUGGAAUCGAAUGUGCAUGGGAGUCGAAUACUCUUAAUUCAUACUCCUGUAGACACACAUCUCUAUCUCAACUCCAUUGAUACAUGUGAUAAAAGAGCACUUGUUGACUAUAUUUAUAAUUAGAGCAAAAGUAGUUAAACAAAAAAGAUUGCAACGUCCAUUAAAACUUGAUCAAUUAUCUGGUGGAGACUUUGAGCAUUCUACUAGGAGAUCAUGCUGAGCAGUUAUUGAUUCGUAGCUUCUCACAUGUGCAAAUCAUUAGCCAAAACACAAGUACAAUUGUAUUUGGAUUCCGUAUGAUACGGUUUUUUUUAGUGUUACUGUACUUAUGAAUUGAGUUUUGAACGUUGGAGUUUCGUUGGAGUGAAUGUUGGACCUCAAAAAUUUAAUCAAAGUUUUAUCCUUGACGGUGCAAAUUAUGUGUACAUAUAAAACUGCUACUUUUCGAACUUGGAAAACCACCUCGUUAAAAUUGCUAAUACUCAAACUGAAACAUUUGAGAGCACUCUUUUUAUGAACAUCACUGGUCAGGCAUUGCACGUUGAGGCUGAUGAUGUGUACAUAACAAAUAGUGUGUUCACUAGAAAUGAUGGAGGUGCAGUUUACAUUGAAUCAAACUAGUCUCUAAUCCACAGCACAAAGUUCCACUAUAACAGUGCUGAGAGCGGAGGAGCAGUAAAAGUGGUAUCUGGAACUGUAGUGAUCACUUGGUGUAUCCAAAUAACAAAGCUUCUCAGAAGCUAGGGUGGAGCGAUUGAUGUUCACUCAGGUAAUGUGUCCAUCUCCAACAGUGAGCUGACAAAAAAACUGUGCUAACCAUGGUGGAGCGAUUGGUGUUGACUCAGGUACUGUGUCCAUCUCCAACAGUGAGCUCACAAACAACAGAGUGACAUACAACAGUGCUGACUAUGGUGGAGCAAUUAAUGUUAAACAGUUGUGUGUGUAUCUCUCACAGUGAGCUGACACACAACAGAGCUGAGUAUGGUGGUAGAGCGAUUGGUGUUCACUCAGGUAAAUUAAUGUGUCCAUCUCCAAUAGUAAGCUGACAACUAGUGAGGGUGGAACAAUUCAUGUCUCCUAAUUUUCCACCUUGAUCAUCAACAACACUAACAUUACUAAUAACAUGGUCAGUUUGAACAUUUCGCAGUCAAAUGUACAUUCACUGGAAUAAAUAUUGUCAGCAACAAUGGUCGUUCUAUUUAAGUUUUCAAUAGUCGAGUCGACUUUAAUGGACCUUCAAAACUGAGUAACAAUCAUGCUAUGUUUGGUGGAGCCAUCAGCGCUGACCUGAGUGCAAUAUACAUUAACACUGAAGGAGUAAUCGUCACCAACAACACAGCUACCUCUGGAGGAGGGCUAUUUCUGAGAGAGAGUACACUCUUUGUAAAUGAGCCAAUAAAGAUCUAUCACAAGCAGAGGAUGGAGGAGGGAUUUAUGCAUAUUCCAGUAUAGAGUUGAGUUCCACUCAGUGCAGGUGGUAAAAGAUGCAGAUGAUGAGCCACGUCCUCCAAACAACAGAGUUAGAUUACUCACAACAUUGCUGAGAAUAAUGGUGGAGGUAUACACGCAGUAUCUUAAACUAUAGAUAUUCAAUCACACACCAACAUUGACUCAAGCAUAGCUAAAGCUAGUAGAGGUGGAGUGUAUCUACAGCAAAGUUCGAAGCUGUACCUAUUUAAAACACUUGAUGAAACUUUUGAGUCAAUUUAAUGAUCAACCAACAACUCGACUGAGUAUGGAGGAGGGAUAUUUGUGCAGAUGACACACAGAGGAGCGUGUGUGGAGGAGGGGUCACAGAAGAUGAUGACAUACUCGCACCAUUUUUGCUGACUGCUUCAUUCAACUGUACGAGUGGUACGAGUUUACAACACCUUCAUGACUAACAAUACAGCUACCCAGUCAGGAGCAGACAUCUACAGAGGUUUGUUGGGAGUCACAACAUUAAUUUGUGUAAGUACACCACAUCAAGCUGUGUGAAAGGUAUACACAUGUAUGGCACCACAUAUGAAUACAUGGCCAUUGAGGUUGCCAACUACCGUCUGUGAUCUCACAUCAAGCUGUGCGGAAGGUAUACACAUGCAUGGCAUCACAUAUGAAUACAUGGCCAUUGAGGUUGCCAACUACCGUCUGUGAUCUAGCCACGUCAAAAUCUCCCUAUGUCCACAACAAUGAACCCACAAAAAUAACACCCUUUAGGCCUAUAGCUGUUAGGCUAUGAAAGAGACGUAUUGAAUUGAAAUUGAGGAUACAAUAUACUUGGACACAUCACUGAAUUAAUCCCUGCAUAGUUUAGGAGACCAAUGCCUUAACUAUUAGGCCUAACAAACCAUUAUCCUAUGCUCUUCGAGAAUAACUUAUGGAAGAUCUAAAAUGUACCUGGUCAUAAAAUUUGCAGGCCAGCCAAGUAUAGACACCAUCACCGUUGCCAAGCAACGGGGAUACCAACUGCUGCACUGAUGUUGAUAUGGUUAAUCAAAACUUUUUGUUGUAUUCUAUCACUACACUACCAGUGUGGCAGCGAUAGAAUGUAUACCAUAUUAUCUCAUAAUGUGGGGUCUCAGUGCUUUGACAUGUAAUACUCUCGACAGCUGGACUUUUUAACUAAUUAUUGGGAUUAUAAAAGAAGAGCGCUUGUUGACUAGCAAAAGUAGUGAAACGAAUUGAGAGUGUGUGAUAAAACCUCUAAUUUACUUCUUGAAAACGGCUACCUUCCCUCGCUAAGUACUAAAACUACAGCAUCCAACAAAUAUAUGCUGUCUAGAAAUAUUCUCAGCUGGUUAGUACUGCUACUGACCCUAGCUACUGUUACCAGGAGUGAGCACUAUCACAUUGUGCCAGCGGAUUCAACCAAGUUGUGUCAUGACUAUCGAAAUGGAACUUGUUUCACUCUCGAGCAGCUUGUUCAAAUAGACCUGUUAUCUGGUGGAGACAAUCUCACCUUGAGCUUUCUAUCUGGAAAUCAUGUGUUAACGGAACAGAUACUGAUUUUUAACUUCUCACAUGUGAAAAUCACUGGCCAGAACACAACUACAGCUGUAGUUGGAUUUCAUAGCAAUGAUAUGAUACGUUUUGUUAGUAUUACUGAUUUAAUUAUUGAACGCUUAAGUUUCGUUGGAGCAAAUGUUGGACAACAUAACUCACAUCAAGGUUUGAUCAUUGAUAAUGCCCGCAAUGUUUAUAUCAAGGACUGCUACUUUAUGGACUUUGUAUUACUCAAUCAGGUGGAAACCAACAUUAUAGUUAAGAUUGCUAAUACUCAAACAGCAACGAUUGAGAGCACUCUCUUUAUGAACAACAUUGGUCGGGCACUGCAGGUUGAGGCUGAUAAUGUGUACAUAACAAAUAGCAAGUUUGAAUCAAACAAUGCAUUGAUCGACAACACAAAGUUCAGCUACAACAAUGCUGUGAGCGGAGGAGCAGUAAAAGUGGUAUCUGGUGCUGUAGUGAUUGCUUGGUGUGACUUCACAAAUAACAAAGCUUCUCAGAAUGGUGGAGCGAUAUUUGUUGGCUCAGGCAGUAGUGGAUCUAUCUCCAACAGUGAGCCGAAAAAAAACAGAGCUGGUUUUAGUGGAGCGAUUAGUGUUAUUGACUCAGGUAAUGUAUCCAUCUCCAACAGUGAGCUGACAAACAACAGAGCUGUCAAUGGUGAUGGUGGAGCAAUUUAUGUUUUCUCAGGAAGUGUAUCUAUCUUCCACAGUGAGCUGACAAAUAACAAUGCUCGCUAUGGCGGAGCGAUUAGUAUUGACUCAGGCCAUGCGUCCAUCUCCAACAGUGAGCUGACAUACAACAGUGCUAACUAUGAUGGUGGAGCGAUUUCAGUUAGAUCAGCCAGUGUGUCCAUCUCCAAAAGUGAGCUGACAUACAACAGAGGUAACAUUGGUGGAGCAGCGAUUUAUGUUGACUCAGGCAGUGUGUUCAUUUCCGGAAGUGAGCUUACAAACAACAGUGCUAACUAUGGUGGUGGAGCGAUUUAUGUUGACUCAGGUAGUGUAUUCAUUUCCAACAGUGAGCUGACAAAUAACGGAGCUCACAUUGGUGGAGCAAUUCUUGUUGUUGCCUCAGGUAGUGCGUCUAUCUCCAACAGUGAGCUGACACACAACAGAGCUAACUUAGGUGGAGCGAUUAGUGCUAUUGACUCAGGGAAUGUGUCCAUCUCCAACACUACGCUGACACACAACAGAGCUAAUAAGGGUGGAACAAUUGAUGUCUUCCAAGAUUCCACCCUGAUCAUCCACUACACUGACAUUACUAAUAACAUGGGCAGUUUGAACAUUUUGAACAUUUUGCAGUCAAACGUAAUGUUCACUGGAAUGAAUAUUGUCAGCAAUAACAAUGGCCCUGUUUAUGCUUUCAACAGUCGAGUCGAGUUUAAUGGACCUACAACACUCAGUAACAAUCGUGGUGCGUUGGGUGGAGCUAUAAGCCUUGUCCUGAGUCAAAUGUAUAUAAAUACGGAAGGAGUAAUUAUCUCCAACAACAAGGCUACCUCUGGAGGGGGGAUAUUUCUGAGAGAGAGUACACUCUUUGUAAAUAAGCCAAUAAAGAUCUAUCACAACACAGCACAUGAUGGUGGAGGGAUUUAUACACAUUCAAGUACAGUUGAAUUUCAAUCUCCAACUCGUGGGGGUACAAAUAAACACGAGAUUACUGACAACAAUGCUGAAAAUAAUGGUGGAGGUGUUUAUGCAGUAGCUACAACUAUUAAACUAACUCAAUCGUACGUUAACAUUAACUCAAACACAGCUAACGCUAAUGGAGGUGGAAUUUAUCUACAACAAACUUCAAAAGUGUACCUAUUUAAAGAAAAUGAAGAAGCUAAGACUUGGAAUGAAUUUUUUAUCAAGUUAAUGAUUAACAACAACUCGGCUCAGUAUGGAGGGGGAAUAUUUGUGGCAGAUGGCACAGAGAGUGGUGCCUGCAGAGUAGGGGCCACAGACGAUAAUGCUAGUCAAACCAUUUUUGCUGGCUGUUUCAUUCAAACAAUUAAAUUGUAUGGGAACCGCUAUUAUAAUUAUCAAAACCAUUUCAACACAUUCAUGAUUAACAACACAGCUACCCAGUCAGGAGCAGACAUCUACGGAGGUCUGUUGGACAGGUGUGCAGUAAACAAAUAUGCUGAAUAUGACACAUCAAAUGGAUCUGGAUUGGACUACAUAAAUAACACCAUAAAAUCCUAUACCAAAUUAACCAUCUCAUCUAGGCCUGUUAAAAUAAUUUUUUGCAAAAAUGACUGUAAUAUUAUUUCUAUAAAAAAGGGACACACGUUUAAAAUCAGUGUUAUGGCUGUUGACCAAGUUGGAAAUCCAAUGAAUGCCACAAUUCACAGUUCUGUUAUCACUGAGAGUAGGGUUGAUCGUCUUAAAGAAGGACAGGCAGAACAAGAAGUUGGCAAUCAAUGCACAGAAUUAGAGUACAAUGUAUUCUCACAAGACAGCUCUGCUCAAAUGGAACUCUAUGCUGAGGGUCCAUGCAUCAAUUUGGGGAUUUCAAGACAACUUAUUAACAUUCAUUUUCAACCCUGCAUAUGCCCUAUUGGGCUCAAACCAGUUCAGUCAGACAUUGAGUGUAAGUGUGACUGUGAUCCAGACUUGCAGCAAAGAUAUCAGAUAACAAAUUGUUUCGAGGAAAAUGGAACCAUAAUUCUGGAAAGAAAUAACAACACAUGGACAGAGGUCAUAAAUACUACCAACGGAACAGGGUAUGUUGUUAGCAGCUGUACACUUGACUAUUGCGUACAAAAACCAGUUAACAUCAGUCUAAGUAACCGUGAAAAACAAUGUGCCUACAAUCGAAGUGGUGUCUUGUGUGGAGAAUGUGAACCAGGACUCAGUCUUGUCUUGGCUACAUCAAACUGUAAAAAAUGUUCUAAUAUUUACCUUCUUCUACUAAUACCAUUUGCGCUGGCUGGCAUAUUGCUAGUUUCUUUAAUUCUCGUGCUCAACAUCACUAUAGCAACCGGAAACAUUCAUGGCCUCAUAUUUUACGCCAACAUAGUAGCUGCUAAUAGAGCAAUUUUCUUUCCUAGUUUAAACAACUUUGUAACAGUUUUUAUAUCAUGGGUGAAUCUUGACCUGGGAAUUGACACGUGCUUUUACGAUGGAAUGAACUCUCAAGGAAAAGUGCUCCUUCAACUUGUCUUUCCCGCUUACUUGUUUCUUCUAAUGUUUCUUAUUAUAAUUUUGAGCAAGUACUUUGACUCAUUUUCAAAGCUCCUCUCUAACAGGAACCCAGUUGCUGCCCUAGGCACACUCGUUCUACUCUCUUACUCUAAAUUCUUACGGUUUAUCGUUGCUGCACUACAAAACAGGGUCUUGGAAUAUUCCGACGGUUCAACCAAGACUGUUUGGUUGUUUGACGGCAAUGUGCUAUACUUCACUCCCAAUAACAUUCCUCAGUUUGUUGCUGCUAUUAUAAUCCUCAUUGCUGGUGUAUUGUUCACUGUACUGCUUUUUUUUGGACAAUGGUUUCCUCGCUGCUCCAAUGUUAUGAUAUGGACCAAGAACACAUACUACAAUGGUUUCAUAGAUGCAUACCAUGCUCCAUUCACUCCCAAGCAUCGGUACUGGGUGGGACUGCUCCUCUUUGCUCUGAUAGCUCAUAAUCUAGUAGUUGCCAUGGCUCCAAACACUUCUCUCCCUGUGCUAUCAGCUGGGUGUAUUGCAUUCGGACUGAUAUCAUUGACCAACCGAGUGCACAAAAAGAAACUUAGUGACUAUCUAGAAACAUUGUUUCUGCUUAAUCUCGGCAUUCUAUCCAUUGGCACUUCAUAUGUUGUUGAAACACACCAACAGCAAGAAACACUGACCAUUGUUUCAAUGUCUAUAGCUUUCAUUCUCUUUGUGACAAUAAUCAGCUACCAUUUCUACCACUUUAUACUAAAGAAGACCAAAACAUGGCUUGUAAAAAUCUUGACAACUGGGGCUGCAUACAAAAGGAACCGACAACAUAAUAAUGCCAUGGAAAUGCAGCAGCUUGCAGCAAAUGAAAUUGAUGAUGAUGACAAUGAACAACUUAUAGUUGAGCAAAUAGACAUUGUGGACACACUACCUUACACUGAUGGAGCCAUGGAAGAAACUGACCCUGAUCGUUACAUCACUCCUCCCAUCAUCAGACCUGCCACGAGGCCAGACCAGCUGAGAGAGCCUGCCCUGGACGUACUAGCCCCCCUCACCGCAGAGGACUACAGACCAGCCCCUCCCCCUACAAGAGUCAACCAUCGUCCUGUUGUUACACACACAGAAAUAGGCCCCAUACGCAAUGAAUUGUGAAUUGUCAUAAUUAUUUAGCUAAGAUACCCAAUAAAGUUCGUAGGCGUUGUAUAGUUCCAACAGUUACUGUAGUUGGCAAUUGUUUAUGUAAUUAGAGAUAGGCUUUUUUGUAGAGAUAAUAAUGGAUGUUCUAUAAUUGUGUACUUAUUAUUUUGAUUCCCACAAAAUUUUGGCUAGCAAGUAUAAUUAUGUAUGCUAGAUCUACUAUAUAAUAGAUUAUAA